AUGCAGAUUGCCCCGACAGCGCGCGCCGAUCCAUUUUGCACACACACACACACUCUCUCUCACUCACUCACACACACGCGCAGACACGCCAUCAUUCUGGCCGGCGGCCCCGAUAGCCGCAUGAACCCAUUCGGUGGCAAGCCCGGACGUGCCCUGCUUCCCGUUUGCAACCUCCCGCUGAUCAGCUACACCGUUGGCAUUCUUGAACGCGCCAAGUUUGACGACGUCAUUGUUGUGGCCCAGAAAGCCGCUGCGCCCCAAAUUCUCACACAAAUCAAGGAGGUGCUUGGCUUUAAAAUCCAGCUGCACAUGCACACCAUCGAGAACAACAGCGACAAGGGUACUGCCGAUAUUCUUCGUGAGCUCAAGGAUGUCAUCAAGAAAGACUUUAUGGUCCUGCCCUGUGAUCUCGUGACCAAUGUCCCAAUCUACCAGCUGGCUGACAUCCACCGCAAAAACAACGCUUCCGCCACACUUCUUUUUGCUUCCUUCCCUGCAAAAUCGCCCGACGACCAUGUGGCAGAUCGCAAGCGCCUGCAGCAACACGAGGACCUCAAGGGGUUGACCGAUUACGUGGCCUUGGAUGCCGAAAGCAACCGCGUCUUGCUUUUCCGCUCGCAGGCCGAUCUCUCCGACUCAGGCACCGUCGACCUGCGCCGCCGCCUUCUCCGCGAGCAUCCUCAAGUCGUGGUCCGACGUGACCUCCUUGAUGCCCAUCUUUACAUCUUCGACCGCUGGGUACUGGACUUUUUGGUGGCCAACGAGCAAAUCUCGCGCAUCAAGGGUGAUCUUCUCCCGCGCCUCGUGCGCAAACAGUUUAGUGACAAGCGCACUGAUGAUCCCAGUGACGUGUACAACUUCUUGCCGCCAUCACCACUGGCCGGGCUCGACUUGCCUGGCGCCGAGAGUCCCAGUACACGCCCUCCCCGCAUCACCUGCUUUGCUCACGUGGUGGCCGCCCAUGGUCUGGACAAGGCACAACCCAAUGACGACGCCCCCUUGGUAGCUCGGGCCAACACUCGUACUACCUACGCCGAGUUGAAUCAUGCGCUGCAAAUGACCAACAAGUAUUUCAAGAUGGUUUGCCCUCUCGAUGGCACGAUGCCGGAGACCAUCCACCCCGAGGCCGAGCUCUCGGGCAAGGAUACCAAGCUGGGCCCCGAGUGUCGGGUCGGAGCUGGAUCCAAGCUGGGCAAGGUGACGGUGAAACGCUCCAUGAUCGGGCGUCACUGCAAGAUUGCUGAUUGCUGCAAGCUGACCAACUGCAUUGUUAUGGACUACGUUGAGAUUGCGGAAAAUGUGACCUUGACGAACUGCGUUGUUGGCAACAACGCACGCAUCGGGGCUUUCUCCUCGCUCACCAACUGCAACGUGGGCCCAAAGUACCAAGUGGAAGAGAAAGUCAAGAGCAAGGACGAAUCGUUCGAGGAUGAUGCCAUGGCAUUCUUCUGAGCCGUGUAUCCCUGACAUCCUUUUGGGAGAAAAUUUAUCUGCAUUUGUCUCUCCCCCUGAGAUGAGCGUGUCGGAGGUCUCAAAAUCGAUGCUUUUGACG